AUGAUCCUGGAAUUCAUCGAAUCUCCUCAAGGCUAUUCCAACAUUUUAUAUAUUAUCUCAGCUUUCUCAGUCCCAAUUCACAUAUUUGGAAGUUAUUGUAUCUUAUUUAAAACUCCAGUUGUUAUGAAGUCAGUCAAAUGGGCCCUACUUAACCUUCAUUUUUGGUCAGCAGCUUUGGAUUUAUCAUUGAGCCUAAUUUUUCAACCGUAUUUUUGUACUCCUGUAUAUGCUGGGUUUGCAUUAGGUUUGAUGCGAUGGGUUGAAGUUAUUCGCACGGAUGUUCUAGUCGUUGGUGCCACACUUAUUUAUAAAAUUGUACCGGUCUCCAUAAUCUCCAUGUUUGAAAAUCGUUUCUUUGUAUUAUUCGUCAAUGGAAGUUCCUGGCGAUAUCUUCGCUACCCAUUUCUAGCAUUCAAUUACAUAUUUGCUAUCGUCUAUUGCACACUACUCUAUCUAGAAGUACCUGUUGAUCAAGAGAAAGCCAAGCGAAUUAUAUUCAAUUCGAAUCCUCAGGCUUGUGAAAUUAUCCCUGAUAAAUCCAAAGUAUUCGCAAUGGAUUCUGGAUACAACUAUUGGACAUCUCUACGGGAAAAUGCUCUCACAUGCUUUGUUUUGAUGGAAAUUAUAGUUCUCGUUGUAUUGUUAAGGGUGAAAAUGAACAGAGCUAUCAACAAUAUCCAAUAAUUAGUGUCACUAGAUACCCUCCAAAAGCAGAAAAAAUUCAUUAGAGCCUUGAAUCUACAGAUAGCACUUCCAAUUCUUGUGAUAUUCAUCCCAGCAACAGUUGGCGCUGCGAUUGCAAACCAGGGUGUUAGCCUACAAUUUGUUGAUAUUCUAUUCAACAUUAUCACAUCACUUCAUGGAGUAACGGCAACGAUUUUAAUGAUAUAUCUACAAAAACCGUAUCGAGAUUCAUUUUUGGAAGUCUUUUGUUGUAGGAAGCAAGUGGAAAGUAGAAGUAUCCUAGUGAAGUCUCAGUCUAUGAUAUGCCGUAAAACUUUGCAGAAUUAA